AUGUACUCACGUUUCUUAUCGCAUUUUCCGGAACAACACGACUUCUUAGAUUGGCAUUUUUCUCCUUUUGGUCGCCUUGGUCCAUCUGUUUGGACACAUGAUUCAGGUGGUGGUAAGUUUGUUGAUCCUGUGGUUCGUUUCGAUACUGGUGAUCCUGAUGUUACUAGUGAUCCUGUUGCUGCUGGUGGAACUGGUGAUGCUGUUGAUACUGGUGGUUCUGUUGAUCCUGUUUCUACUGUUGAUGAUGGGGAUUCUGUUGAAACUAUUGGUUUUGUUGAUGCUGGCGAUACCGUUGAUCCUGUUGAUGCUGGUGAUACUGGUGAUCCUGUUGAUACUGGUGGUACUGUUGCUCCUGUUUCUACUGUUGAUGCUGGGGAUUCUGUUGAAACUAGUGGUUUUGUUGAUACUGGCGAUAUCGUUGAUCCUGUUGAUGCUGGUGAUACUGGUGAUCCUGUUGAUACUGGUGGUACUGUUGAUCCUGUUUCUACUGUUGACGCUGGGGAUUCUUUUGAAACUAGUGGUUUUGUUGAUACUGGCGAUAUCGUUGAUGCUGGUGAUACUGGUGAUCCUGUUGAUACUGGUGGUACUGUUGGUCCUGUUUCUACUGUUGAUCCAGUUGCUUCUGUUGAUCCUUUUGAUACUGGUGGCAAUGUUGAUUCUGUCUCUACUGCUGAUCCUGUUGAAACUCGUGGUACUGUUGAUCCUGAAGCUACUGGUGAUCCUGUUGAUACUGGUCGCACUGUUGAUCCUGUUGUUACUGUUGAUCCUAUUGAUACUGGUGGUACUGUUGAUUCUGUAGCUACUGGUGAUCCUGCUGAUUCUGGUUGUACUGUUGAUCCUGUUUCUACUGGUGAUACUGUUGAUCCUGUUUCUACUGGUAAUACUGGUGAUUCGGCUGGUAAUGGUGACGCGCCAGCAGCUCGAAGGAGAUAA